AAAGUCACCACUCUCACCGCCGACGUCUAUUCCAAAACUCUCCUUCAGUCCACCAUCUCCCCUUUCAACUUUCUCUCUCUAGAAUCUCUCUCUCUAGAUCGCACCUUUUUCUUCAUGAAUCUUCACAUUUCCGCUCCGAUUGCACUCUAAUCGCUACCUGCAACUGAAUUUGAUCUUCAAUCGGUUUGUUCCAGAGCUGUUGAGUUCGGAUUUCGAUCGAGAAACGAACGGAUAGGAUCUAGAGAGAGAAACACUUCCCUGUUUGAAUUGAUUGGAGUAGAGUUGUUAUGGCGUUGUCAGGUAUGAGAGGCUUGUCCGUGUUCAUCUCCGACGUGCGUAAUUGCCGGAAUAAAGAGCAGGAGCGGCUUCGUGUUGAUAAAGAGCUCGGCAAUAUCCGUACUCGGUUCAAAAAUGAGAAGGGUUUGACACCAUAUGAAAAGAAGAAGUAUGUUUGGAAGAUGCUAUACAUAUAUAUGCUAGGAUACGAUGUUGACUUUGGUCAUAUGGAAGCUGUUUCCUUGAUAUCUGCUCCAAAAUAUCCCGAAAAGCAAGUUGGGUAUAUAGUGACAUCAUGCUUGCUCAACGAGAAUCAUGAUUUCUUGAGAUUAGCAAUAAAUGCAGUCCGCAAUGAUAUUAUUGGUCGCAAUGAAACUUUUCAGUGCCUGGCAUUGACACUGGUUGGGAAUAUUGGUGGCAGAGAAUUUGCGGAAUCACUAGCACCUGAUGUUCAGAAGUUGCUUAUUUCAAGCAGUUGCAGGCCACUAGUGAGAAAGAAAGCUGCGUUAUGUCUAUUACGGCUUUUUAGGAAAAAUCCUGAUAUUUUGAAUGUUGAUGGCUGGUCAGAUCGAAUGUCACAACUUUUAGAUGAGCGGGAUCUCGGUGUUUUAACAUCUUCAAUGAGUCUGUUUGUCGCUUUAGUAUCCAACAACCAUGAAGCAUAUUGGAGCUGUCUUCCAAAAUGUGUUAAAGUUAUGGAAAGGCUCGCUAGAAAUCAAGAUAUUCCUCAAGAAUACACAUAUUAUGGUAUUCCUUCUCCAUGGCUUCAGGUGAAAACAAUGAGGGCACUUCAGUAUUUUCCAACUGUUGAAGAUCCAAGCAUUAGAAGAGCGUUAUUUGAGGUUCUACAACGAAUACUCAUGGGAACAGAUGUGGUGAAAAAUGUUAAUAAAAAUAAUGCUUCUCAUGCUGUUCUAUUUGAAGCCCUUGCUCUUGUCAUGCAUCUUGAUUCUGAGAAGGAGAUGAUGUCUCAAUGUGUUGCAUUGCUUGGGAAAUUUAUAGCUGUUCGUGAGCCGAAUAUCCGGUAUUUGGGUCUGGAGAAUAUGACUAGAAUGUUGAUGGUUACAGAUGUUCAUGAGAUUAUAAAAAGACAUCAAGCACAGAUUAUUACCUCAUUAAAAGAUCCUGAUAUCAGCAUCCGGCGACGUUCCUUGGAUCUGCUUUAUGGCAUGUGUGAUGUCUCGAAUGCCAAAGACAUUGUUGAAGAACUAUUGCAGUAUCUUGGCACAGCAGAUUUUGCAAUGCGUGAAGAGUUGGCUCUGAAAGCUGCUAUUCUUGCGGAGAAAUUUGCACCUGAUUUAUCAUGGUAUGUGGAUGUUAUACUUCAAUUGAUUGACAAAGCAGGAGACUUUGUCAGUGAUGACAUUUGGUUCCGUGUAGUGCAGUUUGUGACUAACAAUGAGGACCUUCAGCCUUAUGCAGCACUGAAAGCCAGAGAGUAUAUUGAUAAGCCCGCCACACAUGAGACAAUGGUGAAGGUUAGUGCUUAUCUGCUUGGAGAAUAUAGCCAUCUCUUGGCCAGACGACCUGGUUGUAGCCCAAAGGAAAUAUUUAGCAUCAUACAUGAAAAACUUCCUACCGUAUCGACACCUACAAUCCCUAUUCUUCUUACAACAUAUGCAAAGAUUCUGAUGCACUCACAGCCACCGGACCCAGAAUUACAGAAUCAAAUUUGGGCAGUAUACAGCAAGUAUGAAAGUUGCAUUGAUGCUGAAAUACAACAAAGGGCAGUUGAGUAUUUUGCAUUGAGUAGGAAAGGUGAAGCUUUAAUGGAUAUAUUAGCUGAAAUGCCUAAAUUUCCCGAACGCCAGUCAUCAUUGAUUAAGAAAGCUGAAGAUACUGAAGCUGAUACAGCAGAGCUAAGUGCAAUCAAGUUAAGAACACAGCAGCAGACAUCGAAUGCUCUGGUGCUGACAGAUCAGCGCCCUGCUAAUGGCGCUCCACAAGUGAGUCAACUCGGCAUGGUUAUGGUCCCUAGCACGAGCAAUGCGGAUCAAAAUGCUGUUGACCAACGGUCAACGCAGUCCAACGGGACUCUGAGUGUUGUUGAUCCUCAGUCCGUUGCUCAAGAUCAUGCACCUACUGGUGAUAUCCUUGGGGAUCUGUUAAGCCCACUGGCUAUUGAAGGUCCUCCUGGUGUAUCUCCUCAAUCAGAGCUUAAUGGUGUUCCUUCUCAUGAUGGUUCAAAUGACGCUUUAGCCCUUGCACCUGUUGAAGACCAAGAAUCUACUGUCAAGCCAAUUGGAGAUAUUGGUGAAAGAUUUCAGGCUUUAUGUGUUAAAGAUAGUGGAGUACUUUACGAAGAUCCUUAUGUUCAGAUUGGUAUCAAAGCAGAAUGGCGAGGUCACCAGGGCCGUAUGGUACUUUUCUUGGGGAACAAGAAUACCGCUCCACUUGAUUCCGUACAAGCAAUAAUAUUACCUCCUUCGCAUUUGAAACUGGAAAUCUCUCUAGUACCAGAAAUUAUACCUCCACGCGCACAGGUCCAAUGUCCACUUGAAGUGGUAAAUGUCCGCCCGAGUAGGGACGUUGCUGUUCUUGACUUUUCCUACAAGUUUGGAACUUAUUUGGUGAAUAAUAGACUUCGGCUUCCUGCAGUGUUGAACAAAUUUUUUCAGCCUAUUCAAGUAUCGGCUGAAGAGUUUUUCCCCCAGUGGAGAUCACUUCCUGGACCUCCAUUGAAACUUCAAGAAGUGGUUAGAGGUGUGAGACCCAUGUCAUUGGGAGAAAUGGCAAAUUUGUUCAACAGUUUGAGGUUGAUGGUUUGUCCUGGAUUGGAUCCAAAUGCGUGUAAUUUAGUUGCAAGCACAACCUUUUAUUCUGAAAGUACACGAGCGAUGUUAUGUCUGAUAAGAAUUGAAACUGAUCCAGCUGACCGAACGCAGCUCCGCAUGACAGUUGCAUCAGGCGACCCAACACUAACGUUUGAGCUAAAGGAAUUCAUCAAGGAAAAUCUAGUAAGCAUUCCAACAGCUGGCAAAUCUCCUGCAUCCGUGGCUCAACAACCUCAGCCAACUAAUCAACCAAUUGCAUCAUCAGACCCGGGGGCUUUGCUCGCUGGUCUGCUUUAAAAAAAACCUUAAAACAUUGUAUUAUUAAAUUACAAGCCCAUUUGCCGAGAAAAACUGUAAAAUGGUUAUAAAAGUUAAAAGCAGCGGUACAACAAAAGGGGCAGACAAUGAUACGAGCAUGGGCUGGCGGGAUUAAAAUGUGAGCUUACAAAAUGAGCGGCAUAGUGUUAGCGUCGGUUUGUCGGGUAACAUGUGGGAUAUUGUGUUAUGAGGUCAUGUUUUUUUUUUUUUUUUUUUCCUCUGUUUUUACGAGGGUUUAUUUGUUUAUACAAGUUUUGAACGUUUUGGCGUGGUAUAACUAAUAUAGGGAGUGAUUGCAUCAAUUGGUUUAUGUAAUAUGGAUAGGGUGUGAAGAAGGUUAAAGUUGAUUGUAACAUUAUUAUUUGCAUUUGGUUGUCAAUGCACAAAAUAUUUGAUCCUC